AUGGCCAGGGAUACUCGCUCACCAUCACCUGUAGGUAGCACGUAUUCUUCGUCGAAACGAAGCCGCAGAAGCGAUGACAACUACGAUAAAGGCAGACGCCAUGAGGUGAAGGGGUAUCGGAGAUCCCGCAGUCCCGAGACACCCGGGACUCUCGCGACAAUACGUCAUAUCGCCCUACCAGAAGAAGCCGUUCGCGCCCCAGAUAUCGUUCUCGCUCGCAGGAUGGCAGCCGUGAUUACCGCCAUCGAAGCAGAAGCCGUGAUAGGACGUAUCGGGGAAGGCGAGAUGACUCCCGUGAUCAGGGUAGGAGGCGAAGGGACGGCUCCGCUGACUCCAGGCGUGCUUCUAGGCGGGACGGCAGCAGAGAUCGAGACAGAUCAAGCUUACACAUCACAGGUUCCCAAGCAGACACCUAAUGUGACCCCCGCCCAAACUGAUGAACAAAAGAAAGCUGGAAGACUAGCAAAAUUGGAAGCGUGGAAACAGAAACAAGCCGCUGAGCGUGAACGAAAGCAGAAUGAGCUUACUGCUGGCGGAGCAAGAGGCCUUUUGGAUGAAAUUGACAAAAAGGUUGCCUUAUCGCGUGGCGUGAGCACGCCUCCUGCAAGUACACCGACUCCUCCUGUUGCAAACUCGGAUUCGAAUGGGAUAGCAAAGGGGGCUACAUCGUCUACUGCAAAACCUCUACAGCUCAAGAAGGCUGCGGUUGCUUCUGGUAGUACUAAAGUGUCUGAAGCCUCUACUCUUUUGCCAGCAAAUACCGUAGCUAACAAACCUUCAGCCGGUGCCAGCUCAUCAUCCUCUGCCGUCCCUCUCAAAACCUCAGGCAACUUGAAUGGAUUUGGUUUAGGGACCAAAGUCCUCGGCGACUCAAACAAACUAAGUGUGAAGAGAACCUUGAAUUUUGGCGACGAGGAGUCCAAGGGAAAGAAACUUUUAAAGCUCCCCGACUCGUCCCUUGAGGCAUUUCCUACGAACGGCGCCACACAAGAGGGCGACGAUGAAGACGACGAUACACUUAUGCAGGACGGUGGCACUGAAGAGGAGAACGCUGCCGCCGCUAGAGCCGCCGCUGAAAAGCGUGAACAGAGCCGGCUACAACCCGAAACAAUCUCCGAAGGAAACCAGGACGACGAAGCGCAAUCAGUGGAGCCUGCAAAGGAUAUCGUUAUGACUGAUAAUGCUCCCGGGAAUGCUGACCUUGAAGCAGAGGAAGAGAUCGACCCUCUGGAUGCGUUCAUGUCUGAUUUGAAACAGAAUACUUCGGCGCCGAAGCAGAGGGGAACGAAGUCAUCGAACCCGAAGCACCAGCAGCCUGAGGCCAUGUUCGGAGACGAAAAUGACAUCAACAUAAAUACGAUCGAACCAGAGGCCGACGAUUUCCUUGCAAUGGCUAGUAAAUCAAAACGUAAAAAGGAUAUGCCCUCCAUCAAUCACUCGAAAGUAAACUACGAGCCAUUUCGGAAGAAUUUCUAUACAGAGCCCGUUGACCUUGCUGGUCUCACCGAGGCCGAGGUUGCGAAUUUGCGGUUAGAACUCGAUGGAAUAAAGGUCCGUGGAGUUGAUGUGCCAACACCAGUCCAAAAAUGGUCGCAAUGUGGCCUUGGAGUCCAAACAUUGGAUGUUAUACGCAAGCUAGGCUAUGAGGGGCCUACUUCAAUUCAAUCUCAAGCUGUCCCGGCAAUUAUGUCUGGUAGGGAUGUAAUAGGAGUUGCGAAAACCGGUUCCGGAAAGACCAUCGCAUUUCUCCUACCUAUGUUCCGACAUAUCAGAGAUCAGCGGCCGCUGGAUAAUAUGGAAGGCCCAAUAAGUCUUAUCAUGACUCCGACCAGAGAGCUUGCAACUCAAAUCCACAAAGAAUGCAGGCCUUUCUUGAAAGCUUUGAACCUUCGAGCCGUGUGUGCAUACGGAGGGGCUCCUAUUAAAGACCAGAUUGCUGAACUAAAGCGCGGGGCGGAGAUCAUAGUUUGUACUCCUGGAAGAAUGAUUGAUUUACUCACUGCAAAUUCCGGGAGAGUUACAAACUUGCGGCGAGUGACAUAUGUGGUGCUUGAUGAAGCAGAUCGCAUGUUCGAUAUGGGAUUCGAGCCUCAAGUGAUGAAAAUCCUUGGGAACAUUCGACCAAAUCGACAAACCGUCCUGUUUUCUGCUACCUUCCCUCGAAAUAUGGAAGCACUCGCUCGAAAAACCUUGUCUAAACCCGUCGAAAUUAUCGUUGGCGGGAGAAGCGUUGUUGCACCAGAGAUCACGCAGAUUGUCGAAGUUCGGAAUGAUGAUGCUAAAUUCGUUCGUCUUCUAGAGUUGCUGGGAAACCUUUAUUCAGACGACGAGAACGAAGAUGCCCGUACGCUGGUCUUUGUUGACCGACAAGAAGCGGCCGAUCGCUUGCUUCGCGACCUCAUGCGAAAGGGUUACCCGUGCAUGUCUAUUCAUGGCGGAAAGGAUCAGAUAGACCGAGAUUCAACGAUAGACGACUUCAAGGCAGGUAUAUUUCCCAUCCUCAUCGCUACCUCCGUGGCUGCGCGAGGUCUCGAUGUAAAGCAACUGAAGCUAGUCGUCAAUUAUGAUGCUCCAAAUCAUCUUGAGGACUACGUUCAUAGAGCUGGCCGUACCGGCCGAGCAGGAAAUACUGGAACAGCGGUCACCUUCCUGACAGAGGAUCAAGAGCGAUACUCUGUCGACAUCUCGAAAGCCCUGAAACAAAGUGGUCAGCCAGUUCCUGAAGCUGUACAGAAAAUGGUCACUGCCUUCCUUGAUAAAGUCAAGGAGGGCAAGGAGAAGGCGAGCGGGUCUGGAUUUGGAGGCAAAGGAUUGGAACGCCUUGACCAAGAACGUGACGCUACUCGAAACCGAGAAAGGAAGACCUAUAAGACUGGCGAAGAAGGCGAAGAGGAAGACAAGGAAGAGGAAAAGAAAGAAAAGGAGACAGAUCUGUUUAGCAGGGUUGCGUCUGCUGUGCAAUCGUCUACGGCCGCAACUCCGACGAUUAGUACACCAGGCGGCGUUGACCUCGAUGGGAAGAUCACUGUUCAUCGAACGCAGAAAGAACCCAGCAGCACUACGGGUAAAAACCCGCUUGAUAAGGUUGGAUCCGCGGUUGCGGAUAUCCAUGCUCGUCUGAACAAGGCUGGUGUGAUGAGAUCUGGUGUUCCGAUCGAUAACAAGGGUCCCGACGCUGGGGCCUUCCAUGCUACCCUUGAAAUUAAUGACUUUCCGCAGAAAGCUCGAUGGGCCGUUACCAACCGGACCAAUGUUGCCAAAAUCCUGGAAGCAACAGGAACAUCAAUCACGACGAAAGGCAGCUUUUACCCUGCCGGAAAGGAGCCCCAGCCAGGCGAGAAUGCUAAGCUAUAUAUUCUUGUUGAGGGUGAUACAGAGCUCGUGGUUACCAACGCUAUGCGAGAGCUCAUGCGACUACUGAAGGAGGGGACGAUUGCUGCGGCAGAUAGCGAUGCCAGGGCACCGACUGGUCGCUACAACGUUGUAUAA